AACAGUACAUAGGGGAUUCCCCUGCAGGUUUUCCCAACGACACACAAGCAAAGAGAGUCUUCAAACAAAGAUCAUAAAAACAUCUAUAACUCAAGUUAAAAAUCUUCAAUAUGGACGGUAAAAACACUCCUCCCAAAAAGCCCAUCAUCAACCCCGGCAUGUUGCAGGAUUUCAUUGCCAGAUGCCUCUUGUGUCUCGUCACAGUCUGGAAUCUCUGUUUCAAGUACUGUCAAGAAUCAGGGGAAGAGGAGCCUUCUGAAAACUACUCGAAGGACAAGUUUUCACAGGAGAGAGGAGAAUACCUAAAAAGGUUUUGUCUCAUUAGAACCUUACAAGAAAGAAAAUUUAAGUUACAGCAGUUGAUUUACAAGUUUUUCUAUGGAGGAAACUCUGAACAAAACAGACAAGAAACACAAAGGGAACCUCAAGCAGAAACAUGCCCACCUGUGCAAAAUGAAACUGGAGUUAUCCAUGAUAUGGGCCUGAGACUGAGAAUCAGAAAAGGAGAACAGGGUCCAGUUGCAGAUCGUAGACCAAGCACAGGAUUGAUGGUCGACCGAUCUCCAGGAGCUGAACCUGUUUGUGAUCAUGCAGUAACUCCUCCUGAAGCAGGUGGACUCAGCCAGGGUACCAUCACUCCAGCUGCAUCAUCUCAAGGAGCUGAACCUGUUUGUGAUCAUGCGGCAACUCGUCCUGAAGCAGGCGGACUCACAUGUAAAGAAAGUCCAGAUUUAACAACUCUUCCAUUGCCUCCCAUCAACAACUCUGCCACUUCUGCACUGGUUGUAACAAAGCAGAAAAACACUCCAUCUCCACCCCUCCAAACCCUGUCUUCACAGCCAUCAUCAGAUUCUUCCAGCAGCUUCAGUUCCAUGGCACAAGCUCCACAGAGCAACACACUUGUCCAUCAGGACAGCCAUGCAGGAUCAGCAACCACAAUGUUCACUGAGUCCGAAGGUAUCAGUGGUGAGGAUCCACCCAGCCAGACUACGGCACCCAGAGAUGACACAGGUCUCUCAGCCAUCCUUCCAUCAAAUCAUUCCAGACAUGAAAAGACCUCUGAAACUCCAGCUCCCGGACCUGUAGGUAGUGAGGGUUUGAAGGAAGAGGCCGGUGCUGUAGGUAUUUAUACUGAAGACUCUUGCAGUGACCCAGAUACAAAGCUCACACACCUUAAGUCCAAUGGUGCUGUUAGAAAGAAAACCCCUAAACAAGGUCCUACUCCUGCCUGGAAGGAGAGUCCAGGCACAUUGGCUCAGAUGUCUCCUGUUGUAGCUGCUCAGACUGAAGUACAGAUUCCAAGGACAAAAGAUGAGGAGGAUCCAAAACCUGGAGGACCUGAAAGCCUGCAGAAAGCUUCAGCCUCCAGACUCCAGACAUCCACAUCAGACAGAAGUGGCCCUGCAGGGCUGACGCCGUGGACACCAGAGGCAAGGGAAACAGAUAAAGAUGUCAACCAACCCAAGACAUCUGCAUCUUCAAGCAGUGCCGCUGAUGGCACUUGUGCUGAGUCUGAACUGCCAUCAUCAUCAGCUUCUGAAGCUGGAAGCUCACAGGUGGGCUUGUUAUCAGAGACCCUUGAAGAAGUCAAGGCCCACAGUAAGGCAGAUAGUUCUACUUCAGACACAGAGGACUAAUUUGGCAGUUUGACCUGCCUUGAAGACUUUAAAAUGUUUUUUAGUUGAGUUUACUUUUUAAGAUAAAUAUGCAUAUGUUAUAGAUCCCUUCAUAGAGGUAAUCUCAUUAAUGUCAGGUCUUUCACUCCACAAUACCUCUCUGCGUUUAGAUCUAAGGACACCCCCCCAGAAGGUUCCAUCAGGCGAACCUUCCAGAUGAAGAAUGCUUGGGUUCUCUCAGAUGUCAGCAUUCCAAACAAUUAGGCUUCAUUUCUCUCCCACCUCAAUUCGGAAAUUUUGAUUUUCAUUAAAAACAAGAAAAAAAAGUGAGCAUGGUUCACUAAUACCCCGACCCGCCUAGUGUGUCAGUAGUUUCAAAUUAAAUAGCUAGGAUAGGGUGAGGGUUUGAAAAAUUCAUCUUUUGACGGCACCUCUCCAUAUGAUACAGAUUAUAUGUAAUAAGUUUGAGAUAAAUCCACUGAAUAGUUUAAGAGAUAUCGAGCGGACAAAUUUUUCGGACGGACUUUAGGGUUUGAAAAAUUCAUUAAAAAAUGGAAAAUUUAUAAAAACAAUUUUUUUCGUUUGACUGCACCACUCCAUAUGACACAGGUUAUAUGUACUAAGUUUGACUUUUAAAAGUCGGGGGUAUAAAAAUCAACGAUGGACACAGGCGUGUACAGGGGGGUCGCUUUAUACGCAGCGAUAUACAGUACAUGUUUUGCUUUUAAUUUAUGAUCAUUUGACAAGUUGCCAAUAGAGAAUCUCACCCGAGUGUCUUUGGAUAUCAACUGUAUCAACACAAGUCGAUAAAAGUUUUAAAACUUUGAGAUUUGUCAAGGAAUGUUAACCUUU